GAAGAGUUCCUCGCAGCUCGUGCCGCUGUCCCUGGCACCUCACAGUCUCACUGGUCACAUACGAUGUACCACCGAGCUGGUGAGAAUGGCGCCGUGGACAACGUCAAGGUUCAUUACUGUGAAAGUAAAGCCACGGCAGAGCGUGUCUGCAAGGAGUAUUUCCUCAACGAGGAUGUCCUCGGCUUCGACCUCGAGUGGAUGAAGUACGCAACACGUACGGACGGGCCGCGGCAGAACGUCUCUCUCAUUCAGAUUGCAAGUCCUAGCCGUAUUGCCCUGAUCCAUGUGGCAUUGUUUGCAAAAGAAGAUGGCGAUCUAGUUGCGCCGUCGUUGCGCAAGAUCUUGGAGAAUCCUAACGUGAGCAAGGUCGGCGUCAACAUCGGCGGAGAUUGCACCCGCCUCAAAAACUACCUCGGUAUCACUGUUCGUGGUGUCUUCGAGCUGAGCCACCUCUACAAAGUCGUCAAGUAUUUGCCAGAGAAGCCUUCCAUGGUCAACAAGGGGCUGGUGUCGUUGGCUACCCAAGUCGAAGACCACUUACUGCUUCCUCUGUACAAGGGUCUCGUUGUUCGAACCGGCAAUUGGAUGAGGCGACUGAACCCUCAACAAAUUCAUUAUUCCGCCUCAGAUGCUUACGCAGGCCUUCAGCUCUACUACGUGCUGGAGGAGAAACGAAAGGCAAUUGUGCCAUGCCCUCCAAGGCCGCACCAUGCGGAACUGAGGCUGCCCAUCCCCCUUCCCGAGCCCCCAGUCGUUGAGGCUCAAGCAAGUGAGGAUGGCUCGACAGUGGACCCUUCAACAACUUCUACAGACAAAACAACCCCCAUAUCAAGACGCAGACCUUACAAGCCGAGAACCGCGAGGCGUAGAGCUCAAUCACUAAAGGCUUCAGCAUCAGAACUUGGAGCGUCGGAAACAUCAGUGAUGGGAGACGCAGCUUCUGAGUCUUUAGAGGCAAACCUGAAGCCUGAAGACACACGAGAUGCGCGCAUCAUCGAAGCCGAAGCCCAAAUGAAAGAGUACCGCUCCUCGAAAGGGAACAAGCUGGAGACAACGGCUGCCCGCCUCCGAGCGUACUACAUCUGGCAUCAGAACGAGGACCUUUGCCCUUCCGAUAUCGCAGCGCUCCUGCGAGAUCCACCGCUCUUGACGGCCACUGUUGUUGGUUACGUUAUAGACGCUAUACAGGCUGAGAAACUGCCCUAUCCUGCGAUUAGAAUGCAUAAAGAGAUCGUGUCACUCAUAGAUCUUACGAAGCCGUACAUGUAUAAGUAUUCGACACUGGUGAGGGAAUGUACAGAGGCGGCAGAGAAGAUGAUGAAAGAGCAGCAGGCAGAGGCGGCAGACACGACAUGA